AUGGAUGGGCUUUUUGAUGCCCAAGCUCAUAUUUGGAAUUACACCUUCAAAUUCAUAAACACCAUGUCACUAAAAUGCGCAAUCGACCUAGGCAUACCAGAUAUCAUCCACAACCAUGGCAAGCCUAUGACAAUUUAUCAUAUGGCUAAGGCCCUCUCAAUCAACCCAGCCAAAUCUAGGGCUCUCUAUCGCCUCAUGCGCGUGCUCGUCCGUUCGGAGUUCUUCGUUGAAGUCGGCAUCUCAGACGAAGACGAGAGCUAUUGGCUCACCCCGGCCUCGCGUCUCCUCCUCAAUCACAACCCAUUCUGCGCGACGCCAUUCUGUCGCGUAGUGGGGGGUCGCCUGAUGCAGGAGCCGUGGCACUAUCUGAGCGACUGGCUCACCGGCGACCGCCACCUCUCGCCGUUCGAGAUGGCCCAUGGGGCGACGUUUUGGGACCACGCGGAGCGCGUGCCGAGGCUCAACCGCUUGUUCAAUGAGGCCAUGGCUAGCGAUUCGAGCCUCGUGAACCAUGUGGUCCUGAGAGAGUGCGGAGAGGCCUUCCGAGGGUACAAGUCGUUGGUGGACGUCGGUGGUGGGACAGGGGAGAUGGCCGGGGCCAUCUCAGUGGCGUUCCCGGAUAUGGCAUGUGUGGUGCUCGAUCUUCCGCAUGUUAUCGCCGGCUCGAAAGGGAAGGACAACUUGACCUACGUUGAGGGAGAUAUGUUCGAGGCCAUCCCCCAAGCUGAUCUCGUCCUGCUCAAGUCCAUACUGCACGACUGGGACGACGAAGAUAGCAUAAAAAUACUGAAGAAAUGCAGAGAAGCAAUAGGCAGCAGCAGUAGCAACGAGAGAGGCGGGAAAGUGAUGAUCAUCGACAUGGUUCUGAACAACCAUGGAGGUGGAGAUAAGGCAAUGGAGGAUCAACUCCUCUACGACCUCGCAAUGAUGACAUAUCUCAAUGGGAAAGAGCGGGACGAGAGGGAAUGGGCAGCGGUGUUCACCAGUGCCGGAUAUAGUAGCUACAAGAUUACUCAUAGCAUAGGUGUGAGGUCUCUCAUAGAGGUUUAUCCAUGACAAGGGAAUGUCAAGAAAUAUUAAAACUAUGA